CCGUGGCCCCCCUCGGCGCGGCUCUCCGCGCUGCGCGCCCGCCGAGCCCGCGGCUCCCCGGCCCAUGUACUGGAAGCAUGAGAACGCCGCCCCGGCGCUGCCCGAGGGCUGCCGGUUGCCGGCCGAGGGCGGCCCCGCCACCGACCAGGUGAUGGCCCAGCCAGGGUCCGGCUGCAAAGCGACCACCCGCUGCCUUGAAGGGACCGCGCCGCCCGCCAUGGCUCAGUCGGACGCUGAGGCCCUGGCAGGCCCUCUGGACAAGGACGAGGGUCGGGCCUCUCCCUGUACGCCCAGCACGCCAUCUGUCUGCUCACCGCCCUCUGCCGCCUCCUCCGUGCCGUCUGCCGGCAAGAACAUCUGCUCCAGCUGCGGCCUCGAGAUCCUGGACCGAUAUCUGCUCAAGGUCAACAACCUCAUCUGGCACGUGCGGUGCCUCGAGUGCUCCGUGUGUCGCACGUCGCUGAGGCAGCAGAACAGCUGCUACAUCAAGAACAAGGAGAUCUUCUGCAAGAUGGACUACUUCAGCCGAUUUGGGACCAAGUGCGCACGGUGCGGCCGACAGAUCUACGCCAGCGACUGGGUCCGGCGGGCACGCGGCAAUGCCUACCACCUGGCCUGCUUCGCUUGCUUCUCGUGCAAGCGCCAGCUGUCCACGGGCGAGGAGUUUGGCCUGGUCGAGGAGAAGGUGCUCUGCCGCAUCCACUACGACACCAUGAUUGAGAAUCUCAAGAGGGCCGCCGAGAACGGGAACGGCCUCACGCUGGAGGGGGCAGUGCCCUCGGAACAGGACAGUCAGCCCAAGCCGGCCAAGCGCGCGCGGACGUCCUUCACCGCCGAGCAGUUGCAGGUUAUGCAGGCGCAGUUCGCGCAGGACAACAACCCCGACGCGCAGACGCUGCAGAAGCUUGCGGACAUGACGGGCCUCAGCCGAAGGGUCAUCCAGGUGUGGUUUCAAAACUGCCGGGCGCGUCAUAAAAAGCACACACCACAGCAUCCCGUGCCGCCCUCCGGGGCGCCGCCGUCCCGCCUCGCCUCCGCCCUGUCCGACGACAUCCACUACUCCCCGUUCAGCAGCCCCGAGCGGGCUCGCAUGGUCACCCUGCACGGCUACAUUGAGAGUCAUCCUUUUUCAGUACUAACGCUGCCGGCACUUCCGCAUCUGAGCGUGGGCGCCCCGCAGCUGCCCCUCAGCCGCUGAAACCCGGAGUCCGAGCCGCUGCCAGGGAUCCACCCGCUCUGCCUCCACCCCUCAUCCGCCAUCCUGCCCACCACCAGCUGGGCCCCUGGGCCUGGCCUUCCCCUCUCCUGCCGAGAACCAGAACCCGCCAGGAGCACCGCGGAGCCCUCCUCCCUGAAGGCAGAGCUCCCUGAAAUUUGGAGCCAGGGUGAAAACAACAGCCUGUGUUUCCCAUUUAGACAGGAGUCGUCUUCAACUUAAGCUGAUUACAAUAGCAAAAGGCCGAAUUGAAUCGCACGACGCCAACAGCCUUCCAAUUUACAGGUUUUCUUUCCUCCCAUAUUGGCCUUUAUUUACUACUUCCUUGGAACCAUCUCUGAAUUCUGAAUAGCCGACAACCCCCAAUGUUAUCCACUCUGUUGCUUUUGUUUGGAAAACUCUACAGUGUUUGUGGGAUGUCCCCAAAGGAAAGCUAUGUUCUAAUUUUAUCAUUUCCAUCUGUCUGGUUAUGUCAAGUUAAUUCAGAGAGAGAAGAGACACUGACCAACCCUGAGAGGCCCAAUAGGGCAGAGAUGGAGGCCUGCCCAGACCAAGAGGCAGGGGGAA